CACACACAUACACAACCCAUGAAAAGCUGCUGACCAACCCUAUAUUUGUAUAGGAACUCACAAGAGUGGAGGAAAAAGGGUGUAUUGACAUUUGUGGAAAACAAAACUUGGCUCUCACCUCCCCCUACCCAAGACACACACGUAUUUCCAAGGGAAAGUAGUGAGGUUUGCUGCAGCUUGGUUGUAUUCGUGAAUUUAGUUUUCAGUAGUAGACAUUUUAAAGCUUGCAUUUGGCUUUACUGUUGUGCACUUUUGCACAUCUGCUGUCCCAGGACUUUGGCAGUAAGUCGGGGUUUGCAGCACAAGUGAACGUUGCCGCCAGGUCACUGGCAGUCGCCUACGGGAAGGCGCUGCGGUACAGAAAUCCGAGAAGGAAAACAAGGCUCAUCAGAUUGCAAGGAAAACGUCUCAACAAAAGGAUUGGUACUAACCGUACCUGCCUGUUUUUGCUUGUCGUACGCCACUCACUUGGGUAACUGCAGCUUCUGAACAACUUGAAAGCUUUUAAUCUGAUAAACCGAAAAAAGGCUUGCAGUAAAGCAUUCCAAAACUACACCAGUACAGUCACCAGCUGAAGGCUUCAGAGUACCUUGAUCCAUCAUUGGACAAGUUGAGACGCAAUGGGAAGCUGUUCUUUUUGUGUUCUUUACACACUGGUAGUGGUCAUUCUGUCUGGGACAGUCACAGAGGCUGUAGGGUGCCAGUCGUCUUCUGCUCGAAAAACUUUACCCGUCAGUAGUCUGAAGGAUGUAAAAAGGUUCUCAAAACCUGAGAUUGUUAACUAUGGGACUGUUAACUUGGAUGAAGAAGCCCAAGUGUUGUAUGUUGGAGCACGGGAAGCCUUGUUCGCUCUUAACAUGAGUGACAUCACAUUUGAGGUUCAAAAGUCGAUUCCUUGGCAAGCACCGGCGGAGAAGAAGAAGGAAUGCAUUCAGAAAGGCAGGAAUAAUCAGACUGACUGCUUCAAUUACAUACGAUUUCUUCAGCGCUAUAACAGUACUCAUUUGUACACUUGUGGCACCUUUGCCUUCCAGCCUAAGUGCACCUACAUAGAAGUGCCAAGUUUCACCCGAGAUGAAUUUAUGGAAGAUGGGAGAGGAAAAUGCCCCUAUGACCCAACCAAAGGACACACUGGACUAAUUGUUGAUGGUGAAAUGUACUCUGCAACUCUGUAUAAUUUUCUUGGAACCGAGCCUGUCAUCAUACGGAAUCUGGGCAAACAUCAUCCCAUGAAGACAGAGCACCUCGCUUCUUGGCUGAAUGAACCUCACUUCGUUGGAUCAGCACAUGUAAAAGGCAGUGCAGCAGGUGAUGAUGAUGAAAUCUAUUUCUUCUUCAGUGAAAGAGCGGUGGAGUACAACUGUUAUAGCGAACAAGUGGUUGCUAGGGUUGCCAGAGUCUGCAAGGGUGACAUUGGAGGUGCCCGAACCUUACAGAGGAAGUGGACAACAUUCCUGAAGGCCCAUCUCACUUGCUCAGUCCCAGAAAAGAAUAUUCACUUCAAUAAGAUUCAAGCAGUCUACACCCUCCAUGGCGUGGGAGGGCACGAUACCAAGUUUUUUGUUGUCUUCCGGUCACAGUGGAAGGAUAUGGAUGUAUCAGCUGUGUGUCAAUAUCAAAUCAGCAGUGUUCAGGAAGUUUUAAAUGGGUCGUAUAAAGAGUACCGGGAGCAGGCCCAAAAAUGGGUCCGUUAUUCUGACUCUGUACCUCUCCCCAGGCCUGGAGCAUGUCUGAAUGCACAGAGUGACUAUAGCCGUUCUCUGGACCUUCCAGAUAAUACCCUCAACUUUGCAAAAAAGCACCCCCUGAUGGAUGAGCAGGUUCGUCCUGCUGGAGACCAGCCUUUGUUAAUCAAGGACAGAUCGAAUUUUACUCAGAUUGUGGUUGACAGGGUUGCUGCAGUGGAUGGACAGUCAUACAGUGUUCUUUUCAUUGGAACAGACAAUGGAUGGCUGAAUAAAGCUGUAGUACUGGGAUCGCAGGUCCAUGUCAUCGAGGAGAAGCAGCUGUUUGAUGAGGCUCAGGCAGUGGAGAGCCUAACUAUCUCACCGAGACAGAAACUGCUGUACGCAGGAUCCAGGUCUCAGAUUGUCCAGCUGCCACUAUCAGACUGCAGUCAGUAUGAAUUCUGUACGGACUGUUUAUUAGCCAGGGAUCCCUAUUGUGCCUGGAGUAGCCGCCGCGAAAAAUGCAUCAAAAUUGAUGCAGAGAGCAGGUCCCCAUCUGAUGAUUGGUCAUUUCUGAUUCAGGACAUUGAACAUGGCAAUUGUGCUUUAUGCUUAACUAAGACAAAGACAAGAAUCAACACACUGGAUGAAAAAUCGAGUAUCAGUGUACAGCUUGGCACAAACUUCUUUCUGCCAUGCCCACAUGUAUCUAACUUAGCAGUGCCUACAUGGACCUUCAAUGGCAAUCCUCUUCUUUAUACCAAAUCAGUGUACUAUGACUCCCUGCUGAACGCGCUUGUGAUUUGGAAUGUGAAGGAGGAGCACAAAGGAGAAUAUAACUGUUCCACAAGGGAGCGAGGCUGCAUGUUGGCAACACAUCGUUACUAUGUAACUGUGACAGGCUCGCAUUUCUCAGUCCUCACAAGCAAGGCUCAGGUUUCUGUAGACAGUGUGGGAUUAGUGUGGAUGGUGGUUAUUGCACUUGGUGUUGUCUGCACAUCCCUUCUGCUGGCACUGGUAUAUCUGAGAUGCAGACUGAAGAAUCAGAAGGACAAAAGCUCCAAAAGUAUGGAGAGCACCAUAAUCUAUCCAAUUGAUCUUCCAAAGGAGCCCAAAAGUCCUCAGUUUAUUCCUAGUACAAUGUCAGAUUCUGAUGAAAAACUCUGGGACCCUGCUAAUUAUUACUAUUCUGAUGGCUCACUGAAAAUUGUGCCAGGCCAUGCCGUUUGCCAGAAUGGUGGUAGCAGUAUCCCCUCACCAGCCAGCAAUGGAAUCCCUGGUCAGCCAAUCCCUUCUCCUCCUCUUCCUUCACCCAAUCGAAUUAACCUAGGAAAUAUCCGUGGAUCUACUAGCAAUGGCUACAUCCGGCUGCAGUUAGGAAUAGAGGAGAAGCCAGAUUACAGUGACUUACUAACAGAAGAGCUUCGUAAGAAACUGAAACUAAGACAAGUGCUUCCAGAUUGUAACCCAGAGGAAUCCUCUGUAUGAACCGGGCUACUUGCCAGUUGUGACUCGUGCUUGCACAGGAUAACUACCUCAAUUAUUGUAUUAUUUUAAGGUGACAAAAAUUUGACCCUAUUUUGGGGCACAAUAGGUCAGAAUGUCUCCUUAAAAAAAGGUCUUUUUGAGGAGAAGAGGAUAGUCUACAGAAAUUGUAGCUUGAUAUGAGCUGAUGGAUGGAAAUCUGCAAUGUAAAUGCAGUCCUGUUUGCCUGAAUUAGCCAAGGAACAAUAUUAGCCAUUUCUUGUAGGAGGUAGGAACAAAAGUGCUCACUGCCUUCUUACAGCAAGCUUUACGUGCAGCUUUUGGGACUACUUUCAUGGUGGACCUUGAAAAUAUUUCAUUUUACCUUAUUGCUGUCACAGACCUAAAGUGCCAGUAUUUUUGUCUGACAAAAGACACCUCUGUGGUUAGAAACAGUGUUGAGACAUGGUAUUUCUAAAGGUAGGGUUUCAUACCAAUUACCUGAUUCUGGUGUUUCUGAUGUAUUCUAGGCUUGAGGUGCCAGAUACCAUACAGUUGCUGAAAGAGUAAGUGUACUUUCAUUGCAUAUGUUCCUAGCCUCCAGCUGUUACCUGUGUUGCCCCUGCUUGUGGUUGUGUAGUGAUGUCACUUUGGUGAACAUCAGUACGGUCUUGUGUGUAGUCAGAAAAUGCUCAUGGCCUUCCCAUUUUGGUAUCGGAAGUGAAGUCACAUUGUCGUGGGAUUUGUGCCUCAUAUCUCCCCCUAUUUAGUUUUUGCAGGUUUUAAAAUGUGUGCUCUUAUGAAGGCAGGAUGUGUGUUUACUGUGGCACACCUGAACUACAGAAAGAGAUAUUAAUCUAUGCAUUUAAGCAAUGUUUUUGUCAAAAUUAUAUUUUAUGUAUAUCAUCAUUCCUGUAACACAGUGACGUUUUCCAAAGAUUUGUAUGUGUCCUUGAGCUCAGAGCCUUCUAACUUGGGUUGAUGAGUUCUGCACACACAUACUGUGCUAGUCAACCAGUGAAAUAUGUUUUAAAUCUGCAGGAAGUAUAAAUUUGAAGGGUGGGACAGCAGUCUUUUUUUUUUUUUCAUUUUGAUCAUGUUUAGCAUUACUGUGUGAGGGGACCAUGCCUUCAGGACAAGUACCUCAAAAGUCAGCCUGUUGUGACUGUAAGUUACUGCCACUUGUGACUCCUGCUGUGUACAUUUGUAUGCACAUUAGUGCAUUGCACAGUAUCAAAUUAAUAUAGGAAAAUUGUUUGGCACAAAUAGAGUCAGGGAGAAGUGGGAAGUUUACAGUUGGUAGGAAACGAAUAUUUACUAAUUUUGGCAUGAGAAUCCAAAAAGUGAAACUGGUCAAAUCCAGGUUGAUUGGUUGUUGGGCAGGUUGCCACUUCUUUGAAGUCGAAUUUUUUUAAUGGUUUUGUCACUUCUCACUUCCAUGAUGUCUUAAGAUGUUUUAUUUUCCUGCUUGUAGCCCUUCCAGUGUUGACAUUUGUCUCCCACUGGAUUUCUUCUAAUUGUUGCUAUGUUUCAUGUUAUGUCUGUAUUCCCCAUGGAAUUAUAUUCCAGGGAGUUGAUGCUGUUGCCCUUCAUUAACACACAUCCAAAGUUCUCUGCAAAAAGACAGAUUUACUUUUGUAAGUUGUAACAAAUGUAAGCCCUGGGAUAGCACAUUGUAUGCUCUUAAUUGAUUUGAAGCUGGUCAGCGUCUUUGUGCUAAUCCUACUUUAACAUAGAACAAUGAAUCCAGCAGUGUUCAUGCUGCACUUCUCAUUGGAUUUAUUCGCACCCCCAUUUUGUAAGUACAUGUAUAUGAAAUUGCACACUCCCUGUACUCAUUUGUAUGUGUGUGCACACACAGGCACACACACUUGCGCACACAGAUGCACACUUGCGCACACACACUCACGCACACUUGCGCACACAC